UUGGUGGUAUGAAUAUGGACUCUUCCUUGAUAAAUCUAGACCACGUAACAAUAAACAAUUAAUCUAGCAGAACCCUAAAAACAAUUAAAAAUCUUCAAGAUCCGGGUCAAUUUCUGAUGGGUUUCCUAAUAAUCUUAAGUUUAUGAAAAUAAAAAAAGAUACAGAAAUCUUUAAUGAAUCUUCCAAGAAGGAUUUUGGUGCUUCUAUGGAACUUCAUCUGUUUCUUACCUCUGUUCAUUGGUCUUCUUAUCUUUGGUGUGCUUAAAGGUUUGAUUAUUGGCCCAAUAGUUUUUGUUAUUCUGACUGUUGGGAAUUCUGCUAUUGUUUUGGGGCUCUGGCCUGCACAUGCUGUCUGGGCUUAUUUCUGCUUAUUCAGUACUAAACAACUCUGGGUAGUGACGAAACUGUUGUUGUUUAUAUUGGUUACACCACCGCUCGCUGUUUGGCCUGUUUUUGCUGUUUUGGUUAGCAUUGCUGGUAGCAUUCUUUAUGGCCUUAUUGGACCGCUUUUCGGUACUCUUAAAGCUGUUGGUGAAGGAAGAACCAAUAAGUUUCUCCAUUGUUUCACUGAUGGGACUUGGGAUACAAUCAAGGGGAGUUUAAUAUUUGUUAGGGACUUGAAGGAUGUAUGUUUAUAUUCAUACUUCUCGGUGACGAAUGAUCUCCGGAAACAAGAACCUCCCCCAGAGGGUAAAAUUGAAAUUAGGGCGCUUUAUGUUCUUAUGGCGCUCUUUGUUGGGUUGAUAGGGUUUGCGUUUGACUUUCCAAUGAUGACAGUUAUUGCAGCCCUUAAAAUCCCGUAUAUGUUGCUACGAGGGUGGCAGCGUUUGUUUCAAGAUUGUAUAGGCCGAGAAGGCCCGUUUUUGGAAAGUAUUUGUGUGCCAUUUGCAGGCCUUGCGAUCUUAUUGUGGCCUUUUGUUGUUGUUGGAGCUAUGUUGGCGUCCAUGUUGGCUGGCAUUAUUCUUGGUUUUUAUGCCGGUGUUGUUGCCUAUCAGGAGUCAUCUGUCUAUCUGGGUCUUUGCUAUAUGGUAGCUAUAUUGUCGAUCUUUGAUGAAUACGGCAAUGAUGUUUUGGACAUGCCUGAAGGAUCUUGCAUUCCCAGACCUAGGUACCGUAGAAAUGCGGGCUUGCAAUCCAGUUCAUCAACACCUUCAGUCUCAAGACCACCUUCCUUCAAAAACCCACUCUCUCGGUCUAGUUCUUUCACCACUCCCAUGAUCGAGUUGAAACCACUGGUGUUUCUUAAUAGCUUAUUUGAAGAAUGUCGUCGACAAGGUGAAUAUAUGGUUUUAGAAGGAUUUAUAAGUGUUAAAGAGAUCGAUGAUGCAAAAUCCGGGAAGGCUGCUGGAAGAGUGAUUAGUAUCGGCCUCCCAGCUUAUUGUCUUUUCCAAACACUUUUACGGUCUGCAAAAGCAGAUAGUGCCGGUAUUUUACUAGAGGAUAACGUGACGGAGCUAAAUACUGCAAACAGGCCAAAAGAUAUGUUCUAUGACUGGUUCUUGAAUCCUCUUUUGGUCAUGAAAGACCAGAUUAAAGUUCAAAAUCUUACUGAUUUAGAAGCAGAAUACUUGGGCAAACUAGUGCUAUUGGGUGGUGAUGUUGAAAAGCUGAGAAAUUCGAAUAUUGGCCCGCCACCAGAAUCUGAGCGUAGAAGGGCUGAGUUUGACGCAUUGGCCCGGAGACUGCAAGGGAUCACAAAGUCAAUAUCCAGGUAUCCGACAUACAGAAGGCGUUUUGAGAAUAGCAUGAAGGCUAUAUCAGAAGAACUUGAUCGGAGGAACACCAGCGGGCAUCAGUUGUUAUCAGGACCAGGACCAGAGAGCACGUUAUUUUCGAAUGUUUAGCAACCAGAGAUCUUCUAAAAAAAAACUUAUCGAUUUUUUACUAAAAAUAACAUAAAACAUCUCAAACACAUGCGACAAGUGUCAUUUGAAAAUUUAAUAUAUCAGAGUUGAGAAAUUCAUCACAUAUCACUUGAGGCGGAAGCGUAAAAUAAUAUCUCUAACACACGUUUAGAUAAAACUAACAAAGAAGAUUUAUGUUCUAUUUUUUGAAGCCGAUGAUCAUGCACUUCCGGUGACCCAGAUUUGGGCCGCUCGGUUCUUAUGCUUACUAGUUUUUUAUUUGGGUCAAACAAUAUGUCGUUUAUGUUUUAUUUGUUUGUUUCGUAUUUGUGCCGGAGGCUACAUAGUUAUUGGGUCAAAUACUUUAGUUUAGAGUCCAUUAGGUUGUUAAUGUUUGGGCUUGUUUUGAAACGACGUGAGUGUGCGAAGGCAUAUAACCGUCACACGGUUAUUAUGGGGAUCGACACAUCCCUCUGCUGCAAUCGACACAUCCCUUCAAACACAACGUUUCAUCAACUAUUUAUAGGGUUUCAAACCUAAUUCAAUGUAUGCAAGUUUCGUUUGAUAAACAAGUUGCAAGUUCAAGUUAUUCAAGUUCCUGUUUUCAA